UUUCCAAAUUGCUCUACAUGUUGACACCUGUGUGUAAUUGAGAAAAUCCUGGACACCCUCUCACUAUUGUCAACCGUGAUUUAGGAGGACUAGUAGCCUAAAUGUGGCAACGGAAUACUCACAAUUCAUAACCUCAUUACAUGUGAUAAGACGAUUCACUAAAAUGGCAAAUAUGAAAAUUAUGAGCUCACCAAAUCCAUUUGCCAAAAAUAAGAAGAGGCCUGCUGUGGUCAAUUUUGAUGAUAAUAGCUCUGACAAUCCUUCCGCCAAAAAGCAGAAACCAAACACACCUGGAGUUAUAACUGCAGAUGGAAAUCAGAACCGUGCCAACGUUGGACGUUUUGCUUUGAUCAGUCAUGAACGUAGGAAGCUCCCAAUAUUUGCUAUUCGGUCAAGAUUAUUGGAGGAAAUUCAGAAAAAUUCUAUCUUGAUUGUUAUUGGAGAAACUGGGUGUGGUAAAACUACCCAAAUUCCUCAGUUUAUCCAUGAGGCAAAACUGGAAAAGAAUGGCAUUAUUGCUAUAACCCAGCCUCGUCGAGUAGCUGCUGUCUCUCUGUCGAAAAGAGUUGCAAAGGAAAUGAAUGUACAGAUCGGAGAUACUGUAGGAUUUACUAUACGUUUUGAAGAUGUAACUUCUCCUUCAACAAAACUUAAAUACAUGACUGAUGGCAUGCUAUUCCGUGAAGCUAUGUUAGAUGAGCUUUUAAUGAAAUAUUCUUUUAUCAUUUUGGAUGAAGCUCAUGAACGCAGUAUAAACACUGAUGUAUUAUUUGGCAUUGUAAAGAAAGCACAGAAACUUCGUAUGGAAGGCUCAAAACCACCACUGAAGGUGAUAAUUAUGUCUGCAACAAUGGAUGUGGACCACUUCAGUGAAUAUUUUAAUAAUGCAAGAGUCCUUUACCUUGAGGGAAGACAAUAUCCUGUCAAUAUACUAAAUGCCAAACAACCUCAAAGUGACUACCUACAGAGCUGCCUCUCGACCAUAUUUCAGAUCCACCUUGAAGAGCCACCUGGUGACAUUUUAGUUUUCCUUACUGGUCAGGAUGAAAUUGAAAGUGUUGUGCAUACAGUAAGACUUGCUUCAAAGGAAUGCAAGAAGACUUUGAGAGUAUUUCCUUUGUACUCAGCAAUGCCAAUGCACUUGAUGGAAAAUGUUUUCCGUCUUUCUCCCCCCAAUGAGAGAAAAGUUAUCUUGAGUACCAAUGUGGCAGAAACAUCCCUUACUAUACCAGGAAUCAAAUAUGUCAUUGACAGUGGACAUGUAAAAGCAAGAGUUUUUCAGCCAAGCACAGGUCUUGACUUGCUAAAAGUUCAAAAAGUUUCCCAAGAACAAGCUUGGCAGAGAACUGGUAGAGCAGGCAGAGAGUCUUCUGGUACUUGUUAUCGUAUGUUUACUAAAGAGCAAUUUAACAGCAUUCCUAAAUUUACUACCCCAGAAAUCUUGAGAUGUAAUUUAGCAAGUGUAAUGCUGCAGCUAUUACACCUUGGCAUUGAUGCUUAUAACUUUGAUUUUAUGGACAAACCAUCUCAAGAGACAUUAGAUUCAGCAGUAUCUCAACUCAAACUCCUGGGAGCUAUAGACGGACAGGAAACAAGGAGGCUCACUCCUCUAGGCAAAAAAAUGGCUCAGUUCCCUCUGGAUCCUCGAUUGAGUAAAAUAUUAAUCUCAUCUAAAACAUACAAUUGCGUGGAAGAGAUCUUGACUGUGGUAUCAUUAUUGUCAGCGGAGUCAGUCUUUAUAAACUCCUUAAAUAAUCGCGAGGAAGCUAAUGAAUGCCACAAAAAGUUUUUCUCCUCAGAAGGAGAUCAUAUUACAUUAUUGAAUGUGUACCAUGCUUUUAAGUCAUUCAAAACCCAAAAGAAAUCAUGUGCAGAAAAUUACUUAAAUCACAGAAAUCUAUUGUUUGCUUCUGAAAUUCGCAAACAGCUGUCGCAAAUUUGUCAACAAAAUGACAUUCCUCUUAGUAGUUGUGGACAAAAUACUGAGUCAGUUCGGAAAAGCCUUGUUAGUGGAUAUUUCAUGAACGUUGCAGAACUUCAAAGGGACAAAAAGUACAUUCUGGUUGAUUCAAAGCAAAGAGUACGAAUCCAUCCUUCAUCAGUUCUUCAUAAAACCUUGCCUCACUACAUUUUAUUUUCUGAAGUUGUGCAUACUUCACAGUGUUACAUUCGACAGCUGUCAAUAGUAGAUCUUGAUAUGUUGAAUGAAAUAUGUCCAGAGUACUUCAGACAGCACAGGCUAGGAGUUAAGGAAUAGUUACUCCUCUUUCUUUAGGUGUUACAGAAUAAUUAUCUUAAACUGUUGGUGAGGUUCAGCUAGUGACCCUACAUUCAUGUGCAUUAUAACUUCCUUGUUUCCAAUCCUGAAAAAGAAAUGUCAAUGUUUAUAUUGCUUGAGUCUUGGAAUAUUUACAUCUGUCUCUUUUUAGCUUUUGAUUGUAUUAGGAUUAUUUUCUAUUGAAAUAAUAAUGAAAACUUUAUAAUAAUGCUCUUUACUCUUUUUACAACAUUAAUUUUAUGUGAUUGUUAAUUAGACUUGCUAUUUUAGGAAUUUUAGAUACAUAGCUAUUUUGUUAAUAGAGUUAUAUUUAUUAUGUUUGCAAAUGGUACAAUUGAAAAGUGCUCACUAAUUCACUGACACAGUUGAUAAAUUAUAAACACAGUUAACUGUUGGGUAGGAUUGUACCCAGCUGUGUCAUGUUGAAGGAGCAGUUUUGUAAUUUUCUUUUACUCUGGUUGUUUACUUUUGUAUUUUUUGAGUGACUGCGGCUCCCAGUUUAUAUCUUUUGUUUAGUUGGUAGGUGGGAAAGAUCUCUACUGUCUCUCUGUUAGGGAAAAUUGUUUUUGCAUCGCUCAUCUUCUUAAACGAGAUCUUGUUGAGUCUAACACAUGUUGUUUGAAACUGGUUCUUGCCUCAAACUUGUUGUAUGUGCACAAAAAAAUGUAGUGUUCACAUGUGUAGUUAAAAUGGCAAAUUAUCCAAGAAAUAUCAAAGUUUAUUUCAACUCUAUUAUUAAA